AGUUUCUCUCUCUUGGUCAAGGCUAUUGACUAUGUCGGGGAUCUCUCCGCUCUGCUUGAUGACCCCUCUGUCAAAAUCACCUUUUUCGCACCUCCCGACAAGGCAUUGCGGCGCAAGCAUCAUCACCUUUUGACAGAAGAAGACAUCUACCAUGGAUCUCAUGAUCUAGCCAAUCUCGCUUAUCUGAUAGACGCCAAAACAUCUCUACACAAGCCUGAUGAUGAAAAGCGAAAGAGGUUUAUCAAGGCCAUUCUUCGCUCAAUUUUAAGUUAUCACAUAAUACCGAUAGGCAGCCUCGACAUCGCUUCGCUGGGGCUGAAUACGACCUUUCCUACUAAUCUCACUAUCCCAGGUGCAUUAGCUAGUCAACCUUUACGCGUGAGAGUUCAGCGUUCUUUCUUGCCUGCACGCACGACUGUAAACCUCUAUGCGAGGAUUACACGCUCUGACGUCAUGGCCACAAACGGUGUUAUCCAUGUGAUCAACCAUCCCCUACUACCUCCUCCGUCCAUCUUUCAAGAACUUUUCAUCGCUCCACAAGUCUUUUCCACACUGACUUCAGCCAUUCAACGAAUGGGUCUCACAGAUAAUAUAGACUUGCACUACGUUCGGGGCCUAGAUGGACACAAAGGCCAUUUUCAGGGUGCCUCCACCGUGACAGUCUUCGCCCCAACUAAUCGUGCCUUCGAAGUUCUUCCAGAGAAACUUCGUUUAUUCCUAUUUUCUCCCUUUGGUGCACCCGCGCUCAAAAAGUUGCUCCAGUUUCACAUCGUGCCCGACUUGGUUUUACAUUCGGUAGAAUCUGCGCUGGCUGAGAUUAACAUACCGCGUCGCGAGCCGAUUUCUUCCCUGAAACUGGCAUUGGACACACUCCUCGUCAACCACACCCUUCAUGCACAAAUCGACAAGUUUAACAUAACUUUUCCAAUUCCUGGUCCGCGGCAGCCUGGCAGGGUUACCACACGAUUUCUGGUCAACCGACAGAGGGUCCUCUUGCCUGAUAUUGUUGGAUUAAACGGUGCCAUCCACGUCGUUGGUCGAAUACUUGACCCACGAAAACAUCCACAUCACGGAGUCGCUGAGAACGAAGGAGAGGACGUGUGGGGAAGUUGGGAGCAGUGGUUACCUCAAUGGGGGGUGCACAGUGAAGUCUCCACUGUGGAUUUAGCAAGGUUCUUGUUGAAAAGUGGAACGAGGUGUCCACAGGAAUUGUUGAAGUGA